AGCUGCAGCAGUGGGCUCACUUCCUAUCACUGCGAGGGGCGUAGAGGAUGUGACAUGGGGUGAUAUGAGAACAGAGAAAAGUAGACAGAAAGAGGGAGGGGGCAGAUGCAAGACAACUGGCACACAAAACAGUCAUACGCAGGAGAGAAAUAGAACGGAGUGGCAAUGAAAAAGCUUUAGAUUCAAGACACGAGAACAAGGACUAAUACAAUAAAAGGCGAGCUGACAAAAGGGGGGACAGAGAGCCGAGAGGAGGGUCGGGAGGAGCAGACGCUGUGAAAAGGAUGUAAAAACAAAGAGGGAUCUGCAGGAUUUAUGACUCACUGAGACAUUCACAGUCUGAAGAGAAAGGUGAGAACAGCAGAAGAGAACUCAAGGACUACUUCUUCAUAUUUUAUCUCGCAUUCAACUUGUGUCGUCCAACCUUGCAGUUCACUUUUACCCCCUCCACUUUGAUGGGAGAAAAUACACACCGCAUGAUUUCUACCUUCACACCGCUCUGCACAUUCCGACACAUUGAAGUACAGCUGGGCUCGAUCUCACACUGAACAAAGACUGAUGAACCUGAUGAUCAAACCCUGAAGAUAUCAUUCGUCUGACAAAAUGACCACCUCCGCGCUUUUUACACUUUCGGGACUCAUAUCCGAUUCAAACUCGUCUACUUCAUCCCUCUACUCUGCCAGCUCUCUACCCCCGUCGUCCUCUCCCUUUCAUAACUCCACCACUGACUUCCAAAACCAGACCGUCUGUUCAGCUGAAGAUGAGGCUCUCCGCUGGCCGCUGGCAGUCUUAUACUCUCUGUUCUUCCUUUUUGGUCUUGUGGGUAACCUCUUUGCUUUAUGGGUCUUCCUUUUCCUCCAUGCAAGCCGCAACUCUGUGCGAGUGUUCCUCAUCAACUGUGCUGUGGCUGAUCUGGUCCUCCUAGCGUUUCUGCCCUUCAGAGUCUUCUACCAUAUUAACGGAAACAAGUGGGUGCUGGGAUCUGUAGCCUGCAAAGCUGUGGGGAACCUCUUCUACAUGAACAUGUACAUCAGUAUUGCAUUGCUGGGGCUUAUCAGCUUGGACAGGUACUUGAGGCUGAAGGGGAAAGGCAAAGCGCGGAGGGGAAUGAGGAUAAGGCUGUGUGGGCGGAGCUGGCCAUGGAGCUGGGUGGCCUGUGGGGUGCUGUGGGGAUUUUCUCUGAUGGCAGUGGUACCCAUGAUUGCUACAGCCGAGGACAAGGAGAAUAAUAAUAAAUGUUUCCAGUACAAGCAGCGAAACAUAGCUAAAGGCAAAGCCUACUUCAAUGGUGUGCUGGUACUGAUGUUCUGGCUCAUCUUCUUCAUGAUGGUGGCCUCUUAUGCAAGGGUAGCUGCCCAGUUGCUGAAGGUGUCACGAGACAAACCGGACCUUCCCAACGCACAGCGGUACCAACGGACUGCCAAGAAAUCCUUCUUCGUCCUCUUCCUGUUCACUGUGUGCUUCGGUCCGUACCACGCCUUCCGUCCCGUCUACAUUCUGUCCCAGCUCAGCCAAACAAUAUCCUGCGACUACUUGCACCUAGUGGACCGUACAAAUGAGGUGAUGCUGUUAUUUUCGGCUUUCAACAGCUGUUUGGAUCCGGUCAUGUAUUUUCUGUUAUCUGGAUCAGUGCGUAAAACAGCUCUCCGGACACUUGGGGACCGACUCGGAAACAGACUUCGCUCUCUCAACGACGUGACAUUCAACAGCUCGACUGUGGACUACAGACGAUCAUCUGCACCCAACCUUGAAGUAAACCGUGUAUCAAACACACCACGGAGCAGUAUCUGUGCGAGCAACACCACACUGCGCCGCACAGACAUGACUACCCUUCCACCUACUCGACAAAAAUAACAAAAAAAUCCAAGUUGAACUGAACGGCCAAAGUCUCCACCUACAGACGGCUUCUUUUAUAUUGUACUUUGCUGUUUUGUCAUUUCUUUUUUUAAUUGAUUGUAUUUUGGUUAAAACAAUAAAUUACUUUUAAUCGUGA